UCACUAAUAGUCCCUCACGGAUCCCGGCUUAACCGCCAGGACAUCCGCACAGACGCUUAAACCACCAAUGACAAGUGCUGAUUUGGGCUUGGAGCACCUGAAGAUUGUCUCAGCCGUCUAUAUCCAGUGCUUUGGAGAGUGGCAGGCACAGUGGAGCGACUGGGAGGAUGUUCCUGUGGUCUGGAGCCAAAGGAGCUCAGGGAUCAGUCAGCGAAAGAAGAACCAUUUAUCAGAAGAUCAGGGAGUAUGAUAUUCUGGAUAAGAGGAAGACGGUGACGGCUCUGAAGGCUGGAGAGGACAGAGCGAUUCUCCUGGGUCUCAGUAUGAUCCUCUUCUCUGUGAUGAUGUACUUUGUCCUGUGUAUCACGAUGGUGCGCUCCUAUUCAGACAGUGUGUGGACGGAGGAGUCGAGUUGCACAGUGUUAAACUCCAGUAUAAUAUCGGAGAUUAACUGCAGCUACAGCUGUGGUUCUGAGUGCUGGAAGAGCUCCAGAUAUCCGUGCCUGCAGGUCUACGUCAGCCUCAACUCUUCCGGCCGAGUGCUGCGACUCUCCCACAACGAGGAGGCCCAGGAGGCCAACCCUGAGUGCUUCUUUGUGCCUAAGUGUCGUAAGGAUCACGCAGUGAUGCACACCCUGGUGCUGAACAUCUCCGAGCAGCUGAAGACCCAGCACCAGGUCCCGUGUUACUACGACCCGUCCGAGCAGCAGGACAAUGUGCUCCUGACUCGACUGUACGGCCGGGGUGCCAUCUUUUCUUCACUCCUGUGGCCCACGUGCACACUCGUGAUGGGCAUGCUCAUCGUUGCCAUGGUGAAGCUCACCCAGUACCUGUCCAUUCUCUGCGAGCAGAUCAGCCGUAUUAAAAGGUGAGCCGGCCUGGUCUGGCUGGGGCUGGACGAUGUUUGACAAGGAAACUUGAAACCACAAGGCAUGCAGUGGAACAGGGAAGAAAAUAGAGCGAAACCAUCUCUAACUGCUGUAUUUUCCACAGGGCUGGUCUUUUUCUCCUAGCAGACGCCCUGCCCUCCAGACACAGCGCCGCAAAGUUCAGCAGCACGGUUUGAACACGGCGGCUGUGGGAAAGUUAAAGCGUAAAGACAGAAACAGUGCACCGUGGACAGAAAGCAGUGCAGUAUUAUGAGGGCUGACCCUUAUUUACUCUGGUAAUCGCAGUGUUCACAGCCUGGCGACGGGGACGGGUCUUUGUCCCGGAUCUUCUCUGACAUUCUCAGAAGGCAGAAGCAGGAAUUAUACAAUAUACACUGGCUCAUGUUCACCCAGCUCAAAACUAAGGAUGGAAACAGCAGAGGUGUGGACUUAAGUCACAUGACUUGAACUUAAGUCUGACUCAAUUCACUCGAUACUCUCAAUUCAUGACAAGACUGACUUGGACUUGGGCUUUAUGACGACUCAGUGAGUUCGACAACCCUAUUUCUUUACCUAUUUACCUUCAAUUAAAAAUCAGUUUAAUCAUUUUAUUAGUAUGUUUACAAAAAAUACAAUAUUUAGGAUUAAGGUAUACACUAUGAUUUAUCUACUUUAUUACUAUUAUUUUUUUUAAAUUAUGUUAGAUUUGGUGACUUGAUUCGGACCUAAAAUUUAAGACUUGGGACUUGACUUGAGAGUUGCCCACAAUAACUCGAGACACAACUAUAUUGAUUGGGAUUUGUUUGUAUUGGUUUGGGAUUUGUUUGUAUUGAUUGGGAUUUGUUUGUAUUGAUUUGGGAUUUGUUUGUAUUGAUUGGGAUUUGUUUGUAUUGAUUGGGAUUUGUUUGUAUUGAUUGGGAUUUGUUUGUAUUGAUUUGGGAUUUGUUUGUAUUGAUUGGGAUUUGUUUGUAUUGAUUGGGAUUUGUUUGUAUUGAUUUGGGAUUUGUUUGUAUUGAUUGGGAUUUGUUUGUAUUGAUUUGGGAUUUGUUUGUAUUGAUUGGGAUUUGUUUGUAUUGAUUGGGAUUUGUUUGUAUUGAUUGGGAUUUGUUUGUAUUGAUUGGGAUUUGUGUGUAUUGAUUGGGAUUUGUUUGUAUUGAUUGGGAUUUGUGUGUAUUGAUUGGGAUUUGUUUGUAUUGAUUGGGAUUUGUUUGUAUUGAUUGGGAUUUGCUUAUAUUGAUUUGGGACUUGACUCAGGAUUCACUUUUAUUCACUUGCGAUUUGUUGGUACUGACUGACUUGGCAUUUGAUUUGGGAUUCACUAGUAUUAAAUUGGGACUUGAAACGGGAUUAGCCUUUAUAGACGUGGGACUUGACUUGAGAUUUGUUUGUUUUGACUUGUCUUCUGAUUUAGAAUUCACUUGGCUUGUCUUGACGUUUAACUCUGUAUUGGCUUGUAUUGACGAGGGACUGGAACUGGGAUUUGCUGUCUUGACUUGAGACUUCACUCCAAAUUUACUUGUGUUGACUUGGGACUUGGCUUGGGAUCCUCUUGCAUUGACUUGUGACCUGACUCAGGAUUUGCUUGUACUGACUUGGCAUCUGAUUUGGGAUUCGUUUGUCUUGUCUUGACAUUUGACUCAGUAUUCGCUUAGAUUGACUUGUGACUUGACUUGAGAUUUGUUUGUGAAGAAUUCGAUAUGUAAAUCACUCUGGACUUGAAUAUGAAGAUUUGAGAUUUACUUGUUACCUACAACUUAGGCUACGUUCACACAGCAGAUAAAAGUGACCCAAUUCAUUAUUUAGUUUAGUCUGUCCACACAAUGUAUUUAAUGUGACCCAUAUCUGACGUCUCUCUGAAUGCACUGUGUUAGUGACACGCGUGCGCUAAAGAGCUUUGCUUCACAUUAAGUUUCACUUUAAUCCCAGACAGAAUCUCAAGUACUUUGGUGCUUUAUAUGAGUCCAGGUAGCAGCUGGGUUUAUUACAGAGAAUUCACUCAAGCCUCACUGUAAAAAGAACAUGUUAUUCAGCCACAGACAGGUUUUAGUUUUUCUUUUGAUGCUGCAGCCAUGAUCUGUAGCUGUGUUCAGCCAAUUUAUUAUCAGCAGAAUAUUAUUAAAACAGAAAUAUCAAUCCAAAUAAUUCAGAGGUCUUUAACUUCAUUUUUUCACCACUUUAGUCCAUAAAUUCAGGCUAAUGUCAGUUUUCCAAUCUACUCUGAUACAGUUGUGUAUCAGAUUUCAAUACAUGUCAAGCAGGUUAGACACACAACAGACACAUGCGGAUACCAAACACGCAUUUUAUUAAUAAAGUGGCUAGGUUUAUAGGAGUAGUAUGGGACAGGCAGGAUCAAUGACAGUAUGGCAGCAAAUAUAUACAACAAACUAGAGCAUAGUCAGCCAAAACAGGGUCGUGCACAGAAAAUCCAGUAGAUAAAGGGCAAGGCAAAAGAGUAGUCAAAAAUACAAAAAUAGGGCGGCAACAGAAACAAACAAGCUUUAAAAAAGUGAGCAAGGCAAAAAUUGGUAGUGGGAAACAAAACAAUUCAGUAACAAAGGCAACAAACAAAGGAAACUCAUUGUUGAAAAGCUUGAUUACUAGAUUUAGUACUCAACAGGGAACAGAGCAAACAGAGGGGUAUUAAUACAAGAGGGACCAGGUGAAAAUAAUGAGUAACUGGGAGAGUGGGAACACCGUAGCGUCACAUGAUCAGCCUUUUAAGUAUUUAAGUGGUUUAAAGUCCAGAGCAGGCAGACUAACAGUGUCAGGACUGACAAUACAUCACAUAUUAAAGUGGCCCAAGUCAAAAAAUGUGUUUUUCGCUCUUUACACUGCCAUACAAACGACUCACCUGUGUCACACAUGAUAUAAAAGAUCAGAUUUGGACCACAUUUACCUGCUGUGUGAACGUAGCUAUAGUGACUUGUUCUCACCUCUACGUACAGGGGUUGGACAAUGAAACUGAAACACUUCUUCAUUAAUUGCACAUUGCACCAAUAAGAGAAGUAAGAGUGUGAAGGUUUAAUUAGCAGGGUAAGAGCACAGUUCUGCUCUAAAUAUUGCAAUGCACACAACAUUAUGGGGGACAUACCAGAGUUCAAAAGAGGACAAAAUGUUGGUACACGUCUUGCUGGAGCAUCUGUGACCAAGACAGCAAGUCUUUGUGCUGCAUCAAGAGCCACGGUAUCCAGGGUAAUGUCAGCAUACCACCAAGAAGGACCAACCACAUCCAACAGGAUUAACUGUGGACGCUGUAAGAGGAAGCUGUCUGAAAGGGAUGUUCGUGUGCUAACCCGGAUUGUAUCCAGUAAAAAACAUAAAACCACGGCUGAUCAAAUCACGCAGAAUUCAAUGUGCACCUCAACU